AUGUCUCGUAAAGACAUUCAAUCAAAUAAAUAUAGUGAAUUGCGAAGUACUCAUAAAGACUACAUAGAUUCAUAUAUUGCAUUGUACCGGCUGAAAACGGAAAAAGAAGAAGAAUUAAACUCGAUUUACAUAAUGAUCAGAUCAGCAUUGAUCGAUUCAAAGAAAUAUCUCCCAAAAAAUAUUAUAAGAGAUCUUUUAAAUAUUAUUCAGUUUAAUAAUCGCUAUGCAAAGUCAUAUUUAUAUCUUGCUAAACGUAUUUCUGAUGAUUACAAUGUAAUUCAGGUCGGCAACAUUCCACCAACAUCUAACUUCCUAUUUUAUAAUGAAUAUGGAAUUACAUUAGACAAAUCCGAAAAUGUCGAAAAAAUUAAUAAACGUGAUCUCGAUAUUCAUUCGGAAAAUACAAUUUACAAGGCAAUUAUGGAUAAUGACAAAGAAACAUUCAUACAAUUCAUUGAAAGAAGUAAUCAUUAUAAAGAUCAACGUCUUAAUAACAUUUUAUAUCCAGAAACUUAUUCAGGAUAUUCAUUACUUGAAUUAUGUUGUUACCAUGGAGCAGUUGAUUGUUUCAAGUUAUUAAGAACGAAUUUUAACUCAGAAAUAACUCAAAAAUGUCUUCAAUUAUCGUUUUUAGGAGGAAAUCAAGAGAUCAUGAGUGAAUGUUUGAAAUAUCAACAACCAAAUAAAUAUUGCAUGGAAUAUGCAAUUAUUUCACACAACAUUGAUUUUGUUACCUUUUUGAUGAAUGAACACAAUUUUGAGAUUGAUUUAUAUUCUUGCGGAAUACACAAAAAUCUCGAAUCAUUUUUAGUUUAUUUCGAUCAAACAAAAGAUUUUAAAAUAGUUUAG